AAGUGAUUGCCGGCGCAGAAUAAUUUUGAUUAGUAAACUGACCGACGGACAAUGGUUAGAUGCACGUCUCGAAGAUGUCCUCCACAAAUAAGUUAAGAAAAAUCUUUUUUUAGUGGGAGCGUAUACUUCAAAAGAUUUCAGUGUUAUUUUUGAAGAGACAAAAGUGUAUGUAACGCGCGAUAACAAUUUAGUGGCCAAAGAUAUGAAACAAAACAAUGACAUUUAUAGAAUAUUUUUAAAGUUAAAUCCGGCUACAAAAUGAGGCAAACGUUACGAGUGAGCUUCGAUUGCGCACAUUACAGAUCGGACAUGACAAAAUUUCCCGAUCGGACACAGGCUCGAUCGGACACAGAUCCAAUCGGACACAGUUCCGAUUGCAUACAUGGUUGCAAAUUGGACACCGACCUGAUUGGACACAGACGCUAUACCAAAGCAUGCAUGGACAGGAAGCACGCGCGCGCACACACACCAUACGCACGGGGGCGGGGGGGGGGAGUGCAAAGAGGGGCCUUCGACUCCUCUCCCGCACUCUCCCCGCCGGUAGGCAGAGUGGACCUCGCUUUACAACUUAUAAAGUACAUGCUACAGUGUCCAAUCGGACCCGUGCUUGAUCGGGCCUGUGUCCGAUUCGGCCUGUGCCCAAUCAGAUCGGUGUCCAAUUUGCAACCAUAUGUGUUCGAUUGAGUGUGUAUCCGAUCAAACCAGUAUCCAAUCGGAACUGUGUCCGAUUGGAUCUGUGUCCGAUCGGAAAAUUUUGUCGUGUCCGAUCCGUAAUGUGCGCAAAUGGGACGAUCCCACAGCUUCUACCGCUGUAACUUGGUUCCAGACUCCUCCUCAAUUGGAUCACGUGACAAGACGCAGUCCACAUCUUUUGAAGUUGCCCACACUACACGCACAAAGAGAGUUGUUUUUAACCCAGCUGACGAAAUACAAGAAAACUCCACCAUUUAUGAUUCAAGAGAUUUUGAGGAAUCCUUACUCUGGGAUUAUUCAUGCCCUUUACUCUUUUCUUAAAUCCUCCAACUUCAACAUACAACUUCGCUCUCUUCCCUGUUAUUUCCCUAUUUCCUUUUUUUACUCUUGCUAACCAGUUGUUGGCCGGAAUGUCUUGAUCAUAUCCAGAUUGAAUGUGGCCAUUUAAAAAAAACCAAAGAAACGAUGAUGAGUGCUGAGUGCCUAAACAGUUACGCUGUUAUACUUUGUCCCAGAAGGAAUUCAUAAAGGAAGAAAGGUGGGUGCUUGAUGAGUUGCACGAAAAAUCAGCGUGGUUGGAUUUUUUGUAAAAAAAGAAAAAUCGCUAAAACUUGGCAAGUAAUAUCAAGCCAAUCCAGAUGGUUUUUGAAUUGAUAAAGUCGAGCAAUGUUAAUUGCAUCAAACAUUUUUAUUAAUAUAAUGAGCACAUGGAAGUUAAUACAGCGACGGUGUUACGAUUUACUCUCAUAUAAAUAUUCAUUGCUCGUGAUACUGGUGGCAUUUACUUGCAUAUUCAUCGGCAUAGUACAUUUCGGCGAGGUAUGGUUAACAUGGAGCAAAGAAAAAUACGAGGCAGUGUUUCAUUCUUUCAACGACAAUAUCUUAGGAAAAUCUUUCCAAAAGAAAUUGUGCCAACAUGUCCCUAUAGAUGUGGUUUACACAUGGGUAAAUGGCUCCGAUCCGGUGUUCUUAGAAAAUCUAGAAAAGCAUGUCCCCAUUGUGGAUCUUAGUGCCGCAGCAUCAAGAUUCAGUGAUAAAGACGAAUUGCGUUAUUCGUUGCGAUCAUUGGAAAUGUAUGCACCCUGGGUGAGACAUGUUUAUAUCGUUACCAAUGGCCAAAUCCCAAGUUGGCUUGAUAUGGAUAAUCCUCGGAUGACUCUAAUCAGUCAUGAAGAUAUUUUUUUAAACAAAAGUGAUUUACCAACUUUUUCUAGUCCUGCUAUUGAAAGUCAUAUUCAUAGGUGCUUGGAAAUAUGUAUGAAUCUACAUUAUUAUAUAAUGAAAUAUGCACGAUAUGCAAUAACAUCUUUGCAUUUUUUCAGAAUACCUGGAAUCUCUGAUAAGUUUUUAUAUUUUAACGAUGACGUCAUAUUAGGUGCUGAGGUAUGGCCAGAGGAUUUUAUAACUCAAGCAGGUGGACAGAAAAUAUAUCUGGCAUGGUGGGUUCCGGAUUGCUCUAAAGUAUGUCCAUGGGCAUGGGUUGGUGAUGGAUCUUGUGAUCAUGCUUGUAAUACUACAUUAUGCGAAUUUGAUGGUGGAGAUUGUCAAACAACCAUUGCCCCUAUUGAUAGUGAGACUAUGAAAGAAAAAGGCGAUUAUUCAUACAAAUAUUUGGAAGAUUCUCGUGAAAACAAUAAUAAUGAGUUAAAUAAUAUCUUGCAUAAUAAAAAUGUGUUUGACUUGUCACAAAAUGAUGUACCAGUCUCCACAGUUCAAAUAUUGCCUUAUAAUCUCAAUACUUUUAAACCCAUUUAUACACUUGAUAUUCUCAGAAAUAAUAGUUAUAUGGGAUUGAAUACGCAAAGUAAUGCAUACAUAAAAUUUAAAAAUAAAGAAAAUCAUAAAUCAAAAGUUGUUCUUCAACCUAUAUAUUCUAAACUUUUACACAGAAAUGCUAUAAGCAAAACUGCUAAUCAUAUUGAACAAUUAAGACGCUACCAUAAUGACAAAAAUCUCGCGCCACCCAACAGUUCUAUUAAGUUUGGUAAAUUUGCAUAUUCCAAUCAAUGGAAACACAAUACACGAGGACUUGAUACUUAUGCAGAAUCUUUAUUAUAUGUUAACAAGAUAUAUAAUAUUGCCUAUGGUCUCGAGCGAAGAAGAGUACCAGCACAUAUGCCACAUUUAAUAGAUAAAUGGAUUGUGAAUGACAUGCAAGAGAAAUUUAAAUUUGAAUUUAAGAAAACAUCUAAUCAUAAAGUGAGAGAUUCCGAAGACAUGCAAUUCGCAUUUUCUUACUUCUACUUUUUGUCUAGUGAAAAACGGAAAGUAUCCAUCGAAGAGAUAUUUGAUAUGUUUGACACUGAUAAAUCACAAACUUGGUCAGACAGAGAAAUAAGAACGCUGUUAUCAAGAUUAUAUCCAUUACCACUAGAUUAUAAUCUAGUCAUGGAAUUUGAAAACGCGAUAACGAAUUGUUCUCAUGACAUAAUUUUGACAUCAGAAAUUAUUGAUGUCCCGCCUGGAGAAAGAUAUCUAGAUUCUACCCUCCCGGUGGUUUCUAAAGAAUUAAUAUUAAAUUGUGCAUUGGUGUCUAAAAAAAUACAAUCAAAAUUCGGCGAAAGCAGUCGAUAUCCACAUGAAAUAAUUAAAGCUGGAAAAAAUGAAAUUUUUGAGAUGUUGACUAGCAAUGUUUCUUUAACGGUACAAUUGCUCGAUGAAAUUCGAAGAAAACCCAAAAAGUUUAUUUGCUUGAAUGACGAUAUGAAUCCCAUUCGGCGUUCCGAAAAUGAAAUUGUUCGUGCCUUGUUGAACGAUUUCUAUCGUUCAUUAUAUCCAUUGCGAAGUAGUUUUGAAUUGCCGGCGCAAUAUCGAAAUCGUUUCUCGCAUAGACAAGAGCUUCUCGAGUGGCGGGCGAAUCGUGCAAAAGCUAGAAAUUUAUUAUUAUGCUUUGUGGCAUUGCUUCUUACUUUCAUAUUUUAUCACAUAUUCUACCAUCAUAUACGUAGAUUAUACAGAACUCGAGAGUUAUCUACAUUUCUUGUAUAAAGAAUUAAUAAUAAAAUUAAAUUAUAUGCAUAUGUAAAAUUUUAUAUUGGAAUUGAUAAUUGUAUAUAUAUUAAUUUAUAUAAUUAAUUAAAAGAUUAAUAAUAUUUGUGGGAAGAUUAGUAUUUAGUAAGAACUUCCAAUUUGAUAUUUUUUAAAACUAGAUAAUUAUAUUUCUCUGUGAUAUGAAAUAAACACUUUUUAUAUAAUUACAUUUUAAAAUAAAAAGCUCAAAACUGAAUAUGUAUAAAAAAACACAUAAAUAAUAAAUGUAUUUGAAAAUUGAAAACGUGCCACUUAUAUAUAGAGUAUCCGGAGUCAAUCGCAUCACCCGUCGUAUGCAAGUAGAGCAGGUAAAACUGAGGAGAAAAAUCCUGUAUCAUUUUUUUUUCUGUAACGCUUAAUAAAGGAGUUAUUAUUGAGUGAAGUCUGAUCAAACAGCGCCGA